CUCAUCACACAGUACAGGCAACAGAGAUUGAGAGAGAUUGAGAGAGAGAGAGAUUGAGAGAUUGAGGGAGAGAGAUGGCAGGGAAGGAAGACUACCGUAUAUUCGUGGGAGGGUUGUCGUGGGACGUGACGGAGCGUCAGCUGGAGAGCGCUUUCCAACGCUUCGGCAAAGUUCUUGAAGCUCAGAGAUAUUUUUGUUUGAGUGAUUGCAUCGAGUUGCUGAAGCUUGAUAAGAUUUGUUGGGACUAGUUAUAGUUGAUGGUUAGAAUAAGUAUCAAGGCAAGAAGUAUAACACAAACAGAUGGUAUCUGGAUGCGUGGAAUUGAGUUCAAGGCAGCCCAGUUAAUUGCUUGCUUGGUCUCAUCUGCUGUAUAGUAACAAAGAUUUAUUGGUGAAAAAGAUUUGUUGGUGAAAAGAUUUGUGGUUGGGAUCCACAAGAUUUAGCGAUGAGAAGAUUUGUGGUUGUGAUAGUCUUGGAAAUUCGGAAUAUAAGUAAGGCUUUGAGGGUGGGCCCACUAAUCAUCAAUUUACAAGAUAUGGAAACUUCGAGAAAUUUAUCUUUUUUGUAGGGAGUAUGAUUCUGUGGCUCUGCAGCCUUAUGUCUGACAUAGUCAUUGUCUAAAUCAGAGAGUUUUGUUGUCUCUUGUUAGUUGUUCUUCAGAUGUGUCAAACUCUUGAUACCUGAUCUUUUAGUUAUGGUCCUCAUGGAGGUCUGCCAGAUAUAAAAUUCGAGCUUUAUUGGAUGAGGCUGCAAAGUAUCAAGCUUAGUUACUUUAUGUUUGAUACAGUUAGUCUGAGUUAAUCACUCUAAACUGCGUUUUUCUGGCAUCUGCUAUUGUGGAGUGCUCAUGAAGUCUGAGCCUUCUUUUCAGUGAGUUGAAUUUUGUUUGAACUAGUUCAAACUUUUUUUUAUGAAACUUUUUUUUUUUUUUUUUUUUUUUUUGUGGGGACAAGAGAUUGAGAUCAAUUUCACUGUCAUGUUUUUGUGGGUCAGUAAGUUUAUCUAGUGCAUUAUGAACUCAACCAUCUACCUGGUAGAGUCAACAUAGGCCACACUUUCAGUCUGGUCACUUCACUUGCGGGCACAUUCAUGCAAUCCAUUCCGUGAAUCUUAUGAGACAUCGUCAGGAUCAGUAGCGUCUUUGCAGGUUCAGAAACAGUGUUUAAUUGAGGCUCAGUACUUUGGGUUUGCAUGGCAAGAUGAAUUCAGCAACAUCAACACUCACCAGAUAUCGAUGCUGCCAGUUCAUCAGUAGUUCCAGUAUUGAUUUAAGAUUUGAUAACUUUGGUGGAGUAGUACUUUUGGCUACCUUGGAAUCUGAAACUCCAAACCUGUUCAAGUUUGUAGUCAGGGUAUAUGGAGUAGGCAUGGGCACACCUUUCUUUUUCUCUCUUUCUUCCUACCCAUUGGCAUUUCAUCUUUGGGAACUGUGGUGGCGAGUUUUUUAUAGGCGAUUGUAUGAUAAUUGCAAGUACUUAAAAGUUGUCAGAAUAUCUUCUAUCAGCAAAGGUUGUCCAAACAUCUUCUAUCAAAAGAGGUUGUCAGAACAUGGAUCUCCAUGGCUCUAGGGUAUCUUUUAUGAGUUUAGUAGGUCUAAGUUUUCUGGUUGAAAGGGAUAAUCAGGAUUGUCAUCGGUUCUGCUAUUUUGAGCUGAUAAUUGGAUGGAGCACCUUUGCCGUCUUUGACUGAUUUUUGUGUUUUUUACGAAAUUAAUGAAAUGCUACGAGAACGAGUGAUUAUGGAUCGAGUCGGGCAUAGUCUGCAAAAUGAACACAGUUUUUGAGGUAUCUUUUUGUGCUCUAUUUGGUUUGUUUUGAAUAGUGGAAAGAUCAAAUAUUGUGAUUGCUGCCUUUGUCUGAGUGAUCUGCAUAGCUUUGUUUGGGGGAACAUUGUUUUCGUGAAUACAAGAUGGAUGCUUGCCUGGUGUCUGCAGUGUUAUCCUAAUUUCUGGCAGUCUUAUGUUGGGAUUAAGGAUCAGUGAGAAGUAAACCUUAUCACAGAUAUACUGCUAGCGCUGAUGACCAAUUCAACUUGAAUGUUUCUGUUUGAGAGUAGAUACAUUUGACUUUGUGGUGGGCUAGGUAUCAGUUUUUGCUGGAUCUAAUUUAUUGGAUUUUGUGGGAAGUCAAGAUCUCAAGUGAUGGAUUCCUCUGUAUUUAUCAGAAUUUUUUUCACAUUGAAACACGGUUCAAUCUGUUAUCCAUAAUAACAAGGAGAAAAUCAUGAUGGAAAGAGAUACAAACCGUCCCCGAGGUUUUGGGUUUAUUACAUUUGGAGAUCGGCGAGCAAUGGAAGAUGCAAUCCGGGAGAUGCAUGGGCGGGAGCUUAGUGAUCGCAUAAUCUCUGUGAACAAAGCUCAACCCAAAAUGGGAGUGGGAGGAGCUGGAGAGGAUUCUGACCAUGGCUACAGAGGAGGUGGCUACUCAUCUGGUGGCAGGAGAAACUAUGGGGGAGGAGAUAGACCUGUAGGACAAGAUGAAUGCUUCAAGUGUGGUCGACCAGGACAUUGGGCCCGAGAUUGCCCUUCAGCGGGAGGCGGAAGAGGCGGUGGAGGUUCGUUCUCAUCACAUUCUAGGUUUGGGGCUGGUGGCCGUGGGGAUCGCUUUGGUGGAGACCGUGACCGCUACAUGGAUGACCGUUAUGAUGGAGGGCGCUAUGGAGAGAGGGACCGUUUUGACAGCAGAGAUGACAAAUAUGGUAGCCGUGAUCGCUAUGCUAGCGACAGGUACCCAGCCGGUGAUCGUUUUACAAGUGACAGGUACGGUGGUUCUGAUCGUUAUCCUCAAAAUGGUUAUGGCAAAGAUAGAGGCUAUGAUAGGGAUGGUGGCGCAAGAGGAGGAGACAGGUAUGCAAGCGGAGGGCCAGCUAGAGGCGAUAAUUACAGAAGCAGGCCUGGUCCUUAUGACCGCCCUAGCAGGGGAGGCCGCCCAUCUUCCUUUGACCGUUACUAAAUGUUGCUGUUGGGUGAUUCGGCUGUUUUCAUGAGACUUGUAGCUGUUUUAGCUUAUAAUCUUUUAGGUUCUUGAUGUGGGAUGUUGUGAUUGCAAUUUUAAUGUAGGAUUGAUGGAUGAUAUGCAUUUUAAUUCAGUAUUUUCCUUUUGGGUUUUACAGGCCUUAA